AUGAUUCUCAGCGGACUCGAAGUCGUCAGCCGCCAUUUGGUGCGUAACUUAGGAAAUGUCACUCAGCAGCAACAGCCAUGCGGUAUCGAUCUUACUUUACGCCAGGUUUCUAGAUGGACCUCAGCGGCUAUCAUCGACUUCGAUAACACUAAGCGUCAAGCGGCCAAAACUUCUAGUCUGCCUUUUGACGAAGCCAAGCACAUAAUCACACUACAACCAGGCACCUACUUGAUCGAUUUCAACGAAACCGUUCAUAUUCCACGGAAUUGUAUGGGGAGUGUUUUCCCUCGAUCGUCACUAUGGAGGUCCGGGGUGGGAAUCGCUGCUGGUGUGGUUGACGCUGGAUAUGAAGGUGCCUUGGGGGCUUUGAUGGAAGUCAAAAAUCCUCAUGGGGUAAUUUUUCACCACAAUGCCAAGCUGGCACAGAUCGUACUUGAGGAAUUGGGGGAAACGGUCGUGGGAUAUAGCGGUGUUUAUCAGUCCUCGACGAGCAGUGUUGGGCGUGAUGGGACGAAACAAGUGUAA